GGAAGCGCAGCGCCCGGCCCGGGGCCCGCUUCCGGUUCCGGUCAGCGGAGGAGAAGGAAGAUGGCGGCACUGGGGAGGGGGUCGCGGCUGCUGCGCGCCGCCCAGGCCCUGAGCUCGGCGCCGGGACGCGGCAUGGCGGCGGGGGCACACGAGGCCGGGGGAGCCCGGCUGUGGAGGACGCUGAGCUUCGUCGUGGCCCUGCCCGGCGUGGCCGUGUGCAUGCUGAACUGCUACCUGAAGGCGCAGCACGAGAGCGAGCGGCCCGAGUUCGUCCCCUACACGCACCUCCGCAUCAGGACCAAGCCCUUCCCCUGGGGCGAUGGGAACAAAACUCUAUUCCACAACCCUCACGUUAACGCCCUCCCCACCGGUUAUGAAGAUGAACACUGAGAUGCUGACCACAGCCAGGACUCUGGCUCUCCCUGUGUCUGGACCAGGCUGCUCUGUGGGAACCAUCACUUAAGAAAAACCACAUUCCUUCUACAGUCAAGUUGAAUGGUGGUGCAUGCUCCACCUGUACUUGUGUAGAGGUCCUUUAAAUAAAUGAUUCCAAACUUGAA